GGUUCUUUAUCACAUUCCAGUAGCCUAAAACUUUACAUACCUAACACAAACAUAAUCUAAUAUUUUCACAUUGAUCCACUACAGAAUGGUUUAAUAAACACUGGACAUAUAGGCCUUCCUUUUAUUAUAUAUGGAAUAGAUACCCCACUGGGCAAAAACGGUUUAAAUCAACGUUGUUUCCAGGUCAUUGCAACGACAGAAUUCAAUGUUGAAUCAAUGUGGAAAACUGAGUUGCCUUGUUCACGUGCUAGUUGGAACUAGGAAACCGAAAUGUCCGUCUUGCUAACUGGUUGUCGUUAACAAAUGCCGCGUUCAACUAAUAGCAAGUUGGACAUGUCCUAGAUCUGACUAGCAUGUGAAUGCGGCAAGUGGAUUUGCAAAAUGUCAUAAAACUAAGAGAAUUUCGUCUCCCAACCUUUAAACCCAAAUCCAAUGAAAGGGUGACCUUUUUGUUUGAUUUCACGUUGCAUUCACGGUAGUUGACAACUCAACCAAAUGUAAAUAAUAACUAGAAGUUGAACUGACGUUUGUGCCCAGUGGGACAGGUCUGACUGAUAAUGCGAAAAAACGUUUCAAAUCACAAAGAUGGGGAACUGAUAUUUAGUUUGUAAUAUUGUUAUUAACUGGACAUAAUAUCACCACACUUUGUAAUGAAUGGGGGGAAAAAUUGAGUAUGACAAAAUGACUCACUCAUGUUUCAUUAUCUAGUUGUAGUAUUUGCACCAAGAAGCAGAACCGUCAUUUCAUUGUACCAAAACAUCAGUUUACCCUUUUACAGGGUUGGGAUCAUCUGACCACAUAUACAUUCAAUACACACGCUGCCAAGCACACAUUCUGUAGGAUCUGUGGAGUCCAGAGUUUCUACACCCCACGCUCCAAUCCUGAUGGAUAUGGCGUAGCUCCUCACUGUCUGGACACAGGUACUGUGCGCAGUGUGACAGUAGAGAAGUUCUGUGGAAAGAAGUGGGAGGAGAGCAUGCAGAACCACCAGACUAUCAAAGGCAUGUCCAAGCCAUAGAACCAAGCCUGUAGCAGACACACACAGCUGAGAUAGAAACAACCAGUCCCAUAUUGUAUUACGGAGCCAACUGUUUGGCUCAGUAAUACAAAUCAACUUUCCCCAAAAAAUCUUAAAUAAAAAGACCAAACCUACUCUGUUUAGUCACAACCAAUCUCUAAGUGUCUGUGUAUUUCUUUCUGCAAGUUCACAAUUCAUUUCAAGUGUUCAUUAUGCUAAAUCUUUUUUAUAUUGGUACUCUUUGAUAGAGGCAGUGAAACCACAGUAGUUGAAUGGGUCUACGGUGACAGAGCAUGGCCCUCUGGUGACAAGAAUGAAGAGAAGAGUAUCAAUAUUUUGGGAAAGCAUGAUUCAGCAUGCAUGGUGAGAGUGGAGUAGAACAUGGUUCAAGCAGAAGUUGGCAAUGUAAUGCAGAGCCAUAUUUAGAGCCAUCUCAUAUUGCUCACAGGCAAUAAGGGACUUUCUCUCGCAAUAUCAACCGACAAACUACAGUAGUGCUUGAGGGAUUUUAACUUGCUGACAUUUCUGAUCAUCGAUUUCAAAACAUAUUUAAUGGAAUACACUGGAAUUCAAUUUCAUUAAACGUUGCAAUGGAAAAACGGGUGGAACGAGUGAAGCACACAGGCGGAUGCCAUUGUGGGGCUGUCAGAUUCGAAGUCUGGAAUUCCCCAGACCUUCUGGUUUUCGACUGCGACUGUAGCAUCUGCACCAAGAAGCAAAACCAUCAUUUCAUUGUGCCAGAAAAUCAGUUUAACCUUUUACAGGGUUUGGAGAUUAUCAACACAUAUACAUUUAAUACACACAUUGGGAAGCACACAUUUUGUAGUACCUGUGGAGUCCAGAGUUUCUUCACCCCACGUUCCAAUCCAGAUGGAUAUGGCAUAGCUCCUCACUGUUUGGACCCAGGUACUGUACGCAGUGUGACAGUAGAGAAGUUCUGUGGACAGAAGUAUGAGGAGACCAUGAAAAACCACCCGAAUAUCAGAGACUUGUCCAAGCCUGUAGCAGAAACACAUACAGUUGAAGUCGGAAGUUUACAUACACCUUAGCCAAAUACAUUUAAACUCAAGUUUUUCACAAUUCCUGACACUUAAUCCUAGUAAAAAUUCCC